UCACCUGAUAUGUUUGCCAACUUCACACAUUAAUCUUUUUUAUUGCCAAUUGGAGGAUUGAAGUGUCUGUAUAUAUAGUCUAGUUUUCCCAUCUACCAUUUCAAACACAAGUCAAAUUCAUUUCAAUAUUAUACACUUCAAUUUAGCCUCAAUCUUAGUAAUUCUUUGUGUUAAAAAAUGGGUAAAGGCUUAGUUGGAAUAUCUCAUGCCAAAGAGAAGCUUAGAAGAACAAUUUCACCAAGAAAUGGAAGUAUUUCAUCUACUACAAAUGAUGUACCAAAAGGUCAUUUUGCAGUUUACGUUGGUGAAACAUAUAGGAGAUUUGUUGUUCCAAUUUCUUACUUGAAUCAUGCUUUAUUUCAAGAUUUGUUACAUUGGGCUGAAGAAGAAUUUGGAUACAAUCAUCCUAUGGGAGGUAUUACAAUUCCAUGUAGUGAAGAUUACUUCAUUAGUCUCAUUUCUUUACUAAAGUCAUCAUAGACUUGAAGGAAUUGUAAUUCAUUGGUGGUUUCAUCCCACAUAGGCUUAGUGAUUUUUCUUUUUUUCCUUUUCCCUUUUGCUAUACCAUUUGGUAUCUGGAAUUCAUUGGUUCGACUGAUCUGGAUUUAUGAGCAUAGGACUUUCUUCAUUCCUAUGGCUCAAAUCCGAGACUUCUGGUUGAGUGAGCUCGAUCAAUACGUCAGCCUCUCUUCAAUUUUGUAACAUGGACCAUUCCCAAUGUAAUCUGUAUAUUCAAUUAAUCUUCAAAGUAAUUUUAUUCCCCC